CGUCCCUUUGUACCCAAAAACUCUCUCAGUGAGAGGAAGAAGCACCAUCGAUGGCUUCUCAUCCCUCCAAGCUCUAUGCACUCUUCCUCAUUCUCAUCGUCUUCGUCUCCACAUCCCCUCCAAUCUUAGCUUGUGGGUCCUGCAGGAAAAAUCACAGGAAGCCUACCAAGCCCAUCCUUCCACCUGUGGUCAUUAAGCCACCCAUCACAAAGCCCAAUCUCCCCCCUGUGGUCAUCAAGCCCCCCAUCACAGUUCCGCCGGUGACAGUCCCGCCAGUGACAGUUCCACCGGUGACCGUUCCGCCAGUGACAGUUCCGCCGGUGACCGUUCCGCCUGUGACAGUUCCGCCGGUGACCGUUCCGCCAGUGACAGUUCCGCGGCUUCCGCCAGUGACAGUUCCGCGGCUUCCCCCAGUGACUGUUCCUCCGGUGACCGUCCCGCCGGUGACUGUUCCUCCGGUGACCGUCCCGCCCAUCUUAAAACCGCCAAUCAACCUUCCUCCUGUGACUAUACCUCCUAUAACAGUUCCACCAGUUGUGAAGCCGCCAUCAACUCCCUGCCCACCAACAUCACCAACUACUCCAACCCCACCAUCUACUCCGGCCAAGUGCCCCAUUGAUGCACUCAAGCUGGGUGCUUGUGUUGACCUCUUGGGCGGUCUGGUGCACGUUGGGCUGGGUGACCCAGUGGCGAACCAGUGCUGCCCUAUUCUCAGUGGCCUCGUGGAGCUAGAGGCUGCUGUCUGCCUUUGCACCACCAUUAAGCUUAAGCUGCUCAGCAUCAAUCUCGUCCUUCCUCUUGCACUGGAGCUUCUUGUCACCUGCGGCAAGAACCCUCCUCCUGGUUUCACUUGCCCCGCUUAAUUGAGGUGGAGUACUCAUGUGUGGAGAGAUGUGUGGGAGAGACAUGAAAGGAUGUCUCAGUGGUGGUCUUGGUUGAUUUUGAACUUCUGAUUCUGUGUACAACAUUUGUUCUUGUAUUAAAUUGGUGCAAGCAGUCUUGUUUCGUGUCAAACUUUCUGUUCCGUUCAGUUCUUCCAUUAGAUUGAAAUGACUUAAAUGUUCCACAUAAA